AUGGCACUUACGGAGCGGGAAACAGCACAAUUGCGAGGGUCACUACAGGAAGCAGUUGUGAAAUGCUCGGAGAGAUGUUUAUAUCAAUCUGCAAAAUGGGCAGCAGAACUGCUAACAUCUAUACCGACAAAUGAUGACUUGGAGCCCGAAGAUUCGCAGAUGACGGAAGUUCCUGCAGAAGGACUCCCUCCAAUUGUCCUUACUGGAAACCUCGAUCCCGAAGAGGCACAACUCGAGGCGCGAGAGAUAAACAAAUAUUUGUUGGCGAAAUCCUUCUUCGAUUGCCGGGAAUUCGACCGAUGUGCGGCUGUAUUUCUGCCGGAUAGGUUGCUCUCUGGGAUUUUGUCAACGACGGCAGGAAAAGGUAAUCAAAAUGGGGUAAACACAAGAUCAAAGGGGAAAGAAAAGGCAUCAAGUGGAGUCAGCACAGGUGCAAUAUCAGGGCUUCCAAAACUAAGCCAAAAGAGCUUAUUCCUGGCUUUAUACGCAAAGUUCAUGUCCGGCGAGAAGAAGAAAGAUGAAGACAGUGAAAUGGUAAUGGGCCCUCACGAUGGAGGAAAUACAGUGAACAAACAAUUGGUCACAAUAAUUCGAAUAUUGGAGGCUUGGUUUCAAGAGAGAAAGACUGAAACUGGAGAGUUUGCGGGUAGUCAAGGAUGGCUUGAAUAUCUCUAUGGAAUGGUUCUGGCCAAGGAUAAAAAUGAGGAUGAGGCGAUGCGCUGGCUGGUUCGAAGUGUCGAGUUGUUCCCCAUGAAUUGGGGAUGCUGGUUGGAGAUGACUUCUUUAAUUUCGAGAGUUGAAGAUUUAAAUCGCAUAUCGCCACAUCUUCCCCAAAACAUUCUCUCAUUCAUAUUCCAUCUUCAUACUUCCCUUGAAUUGUACCAGUCGACGCCACAACUGUCAAAUUCUUUAGAGCAACUCUUAUCCAUAUUCCCAACCAGCCCUUUUCUACUCACAUGCUUAGCUCUUCUAUCCUAUCAUACUAAGGAUUUUGUCACUGCUGAUGCCCACUUCAGUCGCCUUCUUGCACUACAUCCUCAUCGACUAGACUCACUCGAUCACUACUCUAACAUUCUUUAUGUCAUGAAUCUCAGACCAAAAUUGUCGUUUCUUGCACACCUCUGCUCGAGUGUCGAUAAAUUUCGACCAGAAUCAUGUGUUGUGAUUGGCAAUUACUACUCACUAUUAUCAAGCCAUGAAAAGGCUGUGCAAUAUUUCAGACGUGCCUUAACUUUAGACCGUUCUUGCCUUAGUGCUUGGACGCUCAUGGGUCACGAAUAUGUAGAAUUGAAAAACACCCACGCAGCUAUUGAAUCAUAUCGUCGCGCAGUCGACGUGAAUAGGAGAGACUAUAGAGCCUGGUAUGGACUAGGACAAACAUACGAAGUACUUGAGAUGCAUGCAUAUGCCCUGUGGUAUUAUAAACGUGCAGCAGGACUCCGUCCAUGGGAUGGUAAAAUGUGGAUGGCAGUAGGAUCCUGCUUACAGAAAAUGGGACGCGAUUUGGAGGGUAUAAAAGCAUUGAAGCGUGCAUUAUUAGCAGAUAGCUACUACGAUGCAGGUGUUGGCAGUUCAUUUGGAAGUGGAGGCAGAGAAAGAGGAGGCACUAUGGAUCCGGAAAUCUUACUCCAAAUAGCUGGGAUGUACGAGAGACUAGAGGAUGAGAAAGAAGCACGAGGGUACAUGGAGUUGUGCAUGGCACAGGAAGAAGGCAAUGAUAAUGCAGAUGCAUCGGCUAUUAACGUUCAUAAUGAUUCAGCUUCAUCAGAUGAUGAAGGACGCCAACCGUUAGCAACUACAGGUGAAGGUGGUAAUGGCACAGGAGUCACGGCUGCGACGUCAAAAGCAAGGAUGUGGCUAGCGAAACAUUCAAUGAGAACGGGUGAUUACAAAAGAGCCAUGCAAUUGGCAACAGAAUUGUGUCAAGAUGGGGUAGAAGUGGAAGACGCAAAAGCUUUAGUUAGAGAGGUCAGGGUCAGGCUGGAGGGAUUGGACUCACCCUGA